AUUCUUUUACUCCCUCUGAUCCAUAUUGAUUGUCGCAGCUUUAGUACAACUUUGUACUAAAGCCGUGAUAAUUAAUAUGGAUCAGAGGGAGUACUGUUAACCAAAUCCUGAAUGGCAUUAAUAUUUGGACAUAUGAAGAAGAAAGUUCUUUGCAGAAUAUCAGCUGUUUGUUUUCAGGUAUGCGGACUGUCCAGGUAAUGCUUACCUACAACCUUUUUUCUGGGCAAAAACAUGUACAUUAGAUUCACAGCUUAUUAUGUACAGAUUGCCUUUUCUGGAUCUCACAGCCGCGGUCUACAAUGCCCCACAGCUGCGGUGUACAACCCUCCUGUUUCCAAAAGAAAAGAGUCUGGCAGCAAUCGAAGGCAGAACCAGUUACUUGGUGAGCCUCAUGGAUGAUGCACACUUGUGGAGAGUGAGCAAUCAAGCAUGGUUCAAUCCUGAGGUGUCAUUGUGGUUGUGGAAACUGAGGAACUAAGCAAGGUUCUUCAACCUCAGUUGACCUUUGUUGACAGUGAGUGGCCAGGCCUGGCAUGGCUAAGUGAAGCAAAAUCGGUUCUUAUCAUAACUGAGCCCAGGGAAAAAUCAAGAGCAAGACUAAGUUAACCUGGCAAGGCUGAUGUUGAGCUCACAGUACGGAUGGCGCAUCUCCGGCCUGAGCACGACAUGAUCGAGGCGUUAUCCAGGAUGCUGGAAUGGACUGCCCUGACUGCGAGAGUCGGUCGAAUGCGGUCUCGGUUGCCCACGGACACGGUUCGUCUGUUGCUACUGAUUUUAUCUUUUUUAUUUUCCUUUCUGAUUGCCGUAAACCAUGAAAGGAGUACCCAUCCAUUCAUCUUAAUGGAGGUUCGGGAUCUGCAUUGGAUUGCGUGGCUGUGGUUUGUUAGUGAAUGAAUUGCUGUGGUCCAUCUUAUACGCUGGUACCAAACUGUUGCAUACGGCUAGGCUCAACUUUGAGCCCAACAAAUUGAAAAAUGUGCAGACACAGCACAUGCACAUUGGCACAUAUCUAGUGGCCGUUCAUUUUGAAAUGGCAGCAAUCCAGCCAGGGCUGGAGCACGGCACUCUCCUUGUUGAAUGGUUUCAUUUCAUUCAAGUGGAUUGAUGUCAAAUCUGGAUUGCAUCUAGCGCCAUUGUUAUCUCGUUGAUUAGCAUCGUCAACUCGUUGGAGAUCGACCGGGUGGCUAGCUAACUAGCAUUGCUGAUACAACCAUGGCGGCCACUCUAGGCGCAUCCCCUUGCCCGCUCGUCGGCCCGGUCCCCUUCAAGGGCGUCGGCGACGGUGAUGACCAUGCCGUCUCCCCGCCGGAAGAGUACGCGGACGUCAUCUCCGCCAUGCCUACCAUCACCGUGCGCGGAGGCCUGGUGAUGCGCCAGAACCAGGGCGCCUGGCAGGUCCACCAGUGGGUGGCGGGGUCCUCUCUUUCCAGCGGCGCUCCGCCUCAACCCGCACGACUGCGUCCCUCUGGUCGACAGCCUCUUCAGCGCCGGCCAGGAGACCAAGCUGGACGCGCUGCCGUCGCCCAGGCUGAUCAACACGCACGUCCACCACUCCCUCCUGUCGCCCACAGCCCAGACUGCAAGAUCGUCCACGCCUGCAGGAAGCCCAAGGAUAUGCUGAUUUCGCUGUGGCACUUGUACGAAAGCUUGGUGACGGCAGAGGGCGGCACCUACGCGUUCUCCGACCUGUUCGAGAACGCGUGCCAGGGCAAGCACCCCAACGGCCCCAUCUGGGACCACGUCCUCGGCUACUGGCAGGCGAGCAGAGCCAGCCCGGAGAGGAUCCUCUUCCUGCGGUACGAGGAGAUGCUGCGCGACCCGGUCGGCAACGUCAGGGAGCUGGCGCGGAUUCUCGGAGUGCCGUUCACGGCGAUCGAGGAGGCGGCGGGGCUGCCGGCGGACAUCGUGACGCUGUGCAGCAUCGAGACGCCGAGGGGCCUCGGCGCCAAGAAGACCGUCUUUGUCAAGUUCCCGCACGCGUUCUUCUUCAGGAAAGGGGUUAUCGUUAUUUGGUUCAAGAAGUAAGAAACCGUAGUAGUAACAAUUUAGAUGAAUGAAUGCAUCUCCAUGACUAGUGUGGAUGGUGCAUCUUGCAAAGCAGCCUGCCUUGUGCGACGCAGAAAAAACGGAUCGCACGCAUUUCACUCACUCUUGCGCCUAACAAACACGACAGCUGCGUAAGAAGAACCUGAAGACGCAACCACAACAAUACAUCCAGCUCAACCGCGGCGCGAUGAUCAAUCGUGUAGAAGUAACGUGUAGCCGUCAGCAAAUGGUACUAACGAACAGCGACCUCCAGCGAAAGCCUUUGCACAACGGCAAUGAACUUGUCACUUUGCGACACGCUGCCUAAGACAUGGAAUGGGGUGAUGAAUGGUAUAUGUACUGCCUCGGGUAUCAAAAUGCAAGACAUCUCUACGGUUUAAAUUGAGCUGCAAAAACAUCUUAUAUUUUGAUACGGAGAUAGUACUAAUCAGCGGGACAUAACAAAAAUUAAUUGUAGCGUGGUGCGUUCCGGAGUUCCCCUCGCCCGAUUUCAGGAGUAGACACAUGAGUUCCAUUCAACAUGCAGGCAGGUCUUCGCUCUGCUCUUCUUCAAACUAGGAACAUAAAUUUGGGCCGGACAGAUCCAUAUCAUCUUCGUUCCUUCCCCACUGCCAUUCCUUCCUCGGACAUGUGAGCGCUGAUAUGAUAUGUCACUUCUUCAAAUGCAGAUCGAUGGCCUUAACUACACCUUAAACAAGCAACAAGUCAACCAUUAACAAUAUACAUAGUUCAACGAGUUAGAUGGGCUCAUGAUGAACUAGUGCAUCGAAUAAUCAAGCGUGCUCCAGGGUGCGGCACCUGCCGACUGACUGAAGCUUCUACUCACCAGAAAAGGACCGUGGAGGAAGGAGACAUGCAAAGUUGUGGAAGCAAGCAAGGCGCAGCCAGAGGAAAACUUACAUGGAUCGAUCCUCACGCGAGCUUGCAAGGCACCCAUUGUUUCACUCUCAGGCUCAACUCGCUCGGAACCGAGGCUGACCACUCCUCCAGGUCCGGAAGGGGACCCGUCAACGCGACGUAGUUUACGCUCUCCUUCUCCGAAAGCCUCUUCCAGUUUAGCUGCGACAUAGUAGGGUCGUAUCAUCAGCAUGACAUCAUUUAGCACCAGCAGUCGAAAAUACACAGGUUCAGUAGUCUGGUAAAAAAAAAAUAUAUUCUUACUUGCCCUGGAAAUGCAGAGCAUAGAGCCUUGAUUGUGGGAUUCUGAACCCAGGAGGAAACAUCCGCGUCGGCAGCAAGAGAUACGGCGGCAUCUCCCGCACCGCAGUUGACCAUGAUUCGACCAUCGGGCAUCAGCUUCUUCGCAAUCUCUAACCAAGUGUCAACCUGCAACAAUGUUGACAUCACGUUAGAGCCAGCGGAAGUUCGUCGAAAUGAAGUAAAUACUCUGUAAAAGUACCAUUCAUCAAUUUACAAAUCUCGGGUGUGCCGUUUGUAGAAAUAUGCAAAAUCUUUAUGUACUACAGUUCCUCUAAUUCUGUUAUAGAGAUCAUUUCAUUUUUAAUUUUUUAUGCAUUUGCAUUUAUGCUGGAAAGUUUUUCAAUGCCAAUUACAUACCAGACCGAACAGAGUAUGAGCAUUCAUUUAUACAACAUGCUAACAGUUCAAAUUUGUAACCACCAUGAAGAUAUUUGUGGUGGAGCUAUGGUGACUCACACAUGCAGACCAUACCACCAUAUGGUUCUGUCGUGUUAUGCAAGGAGCACCAGACAAUGAUAAUAGUGAAAAGUACAAACUCUAAAUGCUAGCCAUGGUAGAAAUACAUGCA